UUCUUGAAAAAUAAAUGUGGAAAAUAAUGUUAUUGUCUUGUUUGAUUAUGUUUGGGUAAUCGGCCCUCUAGCCCUCCGUAUUGAAUUUUAUGCAAGGAUAUGCCUUCGGAGUGGGAAUGGGAGACGAAGUUCCAGAGAUUAUGGAUUGCGUAUUGGAUGUCAUUCUAGUCAAGCCUUAAUGGGAUAUAAUACUGAAAUAAUUCAAAUAAGGCGGUGCUAUCAAUAUUUGGAAUGGUUUGACUGACAUAUUAUUCUCUUUUGAUCAGUUUGCUCAAUAAUGUGGAAACACAACUAUUGGGUUGAACAAAAUUCAGAAACAAAUAAGAAAGAUUUUCACAACUCCUAAGUUAUUCAAGUAGGUGAUAGAGAAUCUGAGUCAAGAAAGUGAGAAAGUAUCAGAAUUAUCUUGUUAAUUUGUAGAAUUAAUGACGGAAAAAGAUACAUACUAAAGUGGCUAUGUAAUUGGAUAACUGGUUUCAAUAGUAUUUGAAAUUUGA